GCGGGGCCGGGGCGAGGUGACAACCGCUUGUUACGUCUAUUCCAAGCCAGUUAUUAAAAACGUCUCGGCGCGAGCGGAGUGCCGCCCUGUAAUUAUCCAGUUGAAGGUUUCGUCGCGUUACGUUGUCACCACUGUCGCCGGAAAUGCAAUACGUGGAUCCGCCUGCGCAACAGAUGAUGAACAUGAUGAGUGGUUACGGAUGUGGGUACGGUCGCGGAGACGCGCUGUCGCCAGCUUCUGAUUUGUCUUCGUGUAGCAGCGCGUCAUCCGGGGCGUGGUGUGGAGCGGCGGGCUGGCGCGAGCUGCCGUCGUAUCCGGCGCAGUACCCCGCGUACUGGCCGCCCGCCGCCGCAGCCGCCGCUGCUGAGGAGGCGCGCGAGCUCCAGCGACGUUGCGCCAAGUGCCGCUGCCCCAACUGCCUCACAGAAGCCGCCGGUUUUGGGCCUAACUAUGGAAAAGACGGUGCUAAAAGAGAACAUGUGUGCCACGUUCCUGGCUGCGGAAAAGUUUACGGAAAGACCUCGCACUUGAAAGCUCACCUCCGUUGGCAUACUGGAGAACGUCCGUUCGUAUGCAAUUGGUUGUUUUGUGGCAAGAGAUUUACGCGGUCCGAUGAACUGCAAAGACAUCUACGAACCCACACAGGUGAAAAGAGAUUCGCGUGUCAACUGUGCUCCAAGAGGUUCAUGCGCUCUGAUCAUCUAGCUAAGCAUGUGAAGACCCACGCGAACGUUUCACGAAAGAAUAAGAAAAUGAAAGAGGAUGAAAAAGAAGAGCCUCUAAAAUUAUCCGACGAUAAGAACGAAAAGCCGCAAGUGUCAAGUGAGAAUACAUCUGCCGCGCCAGUCGUCGGGAGUACAAACUACGGGACGGUGCCUGUAACUAACGACCCUAAACAUGAUAUGUCUCUAAAUUACGCAGCAGUAGCUCCCAAUGUGACAGCAAAUUCAGGGAAUGGUUACAACAGUGCACCGUACAGCGGUGGAGUAAUGACAGGCUGGUACCCUGAAGUGCGUCAGGACACCCUGUACCCGCGCCCUCCUGUGAGAGAUCACCGCAUGUAUCAACAGUAUACUGCUCCGAUCAGUACGUAUCAGUGUGCCAGCAAGGAAAACUAUGCCAUAUUUCAAGGUCAUUACAACAUACAGCAUCCAGUAGCACUGGGACAAUAACAUAAAUACUUGUGAAAAGACAUUUUAAUUAAGUUUGCACGAAAGCUUACGUUUUGUAAAUAUUUUAUUUGUAAGUUUGUACGGUCAGGUGCUGUGUUUUUGAAGACAGAUUGUUAACUUCAUUUAAGUUACCACGAAAUUUUCAUGUGAUGUUUUGAAAGUUUACCAAUGUAUGUGCCUUCCAAUAAAAUUAAUAAAUUAAAGU